AUGCAGAGCUCAGGUCCACAAUGCAAUGCCCUUCAUGGCAUCGUCAACCAAUACCGCCCGGACAUGGCGCCCUAUGAGGCCAUCUACCGCGAAAUACACAGUGACCCCGAGCUCUCGGGGCAGGAGAAGGAGACCUCCUCACUCGUCGCCAACCAUCUCCGAAAACAGGGUUUCGAGGUGCACAUUAAUAUCGGCGGGUAUGGCGUCGCCGGCAUCCUGCGAAACGGGCCAGGUCCUACCGUGCUGCUCCGCGCCGACAUGGACGCACUCCCGAUGGAGGAGAAAACAGGGCUGGAGUAUGCUAGUAAAAGAACCGUCCGGAACAAGGACGCCAGAGAGGUCCCCGUGAUGCAUGCAUGCGGACACGAUACCCAUGUUACGGGCCUGCUGGGCGGCUCGGAGCUGCUCCAUGCCGCACGAGACCAGUGGAGCGGAGCCCUGGUCGUGAUCUUUCAGCCGUCGGAGGAGGAACUGAACGGCGCCCGCGCGAUGCUCGACGAUGGGCUCUAUGACAAAAUCCCCAAGCCGGAUAUUGUCCUCGCGCAGCACGUUGUCCGCAUGAAGGCCGGGACGGUUGCCGUUCGGCCAGGGCGGCUACUAACGGCCACAGACGCCUUUGACGUGCGCAUCUUUGGUCGUGGCGGUCACGGCUCUUCACCACAGAUGUGCGUUGAUCCGAUUGUCAUCGGUGCCUCGAUCGUCAUGCGCCUGCAGAGCAUCGUUAGCCGCGAGAUCACACCGGGGGAGCUGGCCAUUGUCAGCUGCGGGAGUAUCCAAGCGGGCCACGCGCCGAACAUCAUACCAGACCAGUGCGAUCUUAAACUAAGUCUGCGGUCCUACGAGCCGAGGGUCCGGAAACGACUGUGCACAGCGGUCAAACGGAUCAUCGAAGCAGAGUGUGCAGCAUCGGGGGCAACAGAGAAGCCGCAAAUCACGCAUACCAUCAACGCCCCGGCAACUAACAACGAUGAAGAAACGGUAAAGGAGCUGCAGAAGACGUUUGGGUCCUAUUUCGGAGACAACCUGGUGGAAACGGAACCCGCGACGGCGAGCGAGGACUUUUCAUUGCUGGCGACAGCUGUCGGGGCGCCGUAUGUCAUGUGGCUGUUUGGAGGAAUUGAGGCGGAGAAAUGGGACGAUGCUGUUUCGAGAGAUGCAAUAGAUGAGCUGCCUGGUAACCACUCGCCGUUCUUUGGACCGGAUAUGAAACCUACGCUGAAAACUGCGGUGGAUGCGAUGGCCGUUGGGGCGCUGACUUUUUUGAAGACGAAGUGUUUGAAUUAG